UACCAACUAUGCUGGUCCUGGUCAAUACACUAUUGCUCCUGGUAGUGUUGUAUACAUUGACUCAAAUGGUGGUGUUUCAACUAUCAACCUUUCAAGCAUGUCUCUUCCCAAGGCUCCUCAAUUGCCUGAGCUUAACCUCGGUAGUGGAAUUACACUCACAAGCUACAAAGGUCCUGGUACUUACACUUUAAGUCCUGGUAAUAUUGUUACUGUUAAUCCUUUCGGUCGUUUCUCUUUCCUUACUGGAAGUGGUCCCAAUGGAGUUACUGGUGGUAAUGUAGCCCUUCCCACUGUUCAAUUAGGUACAGCAACUCUUCCUAGUGGAAAUGUUCUUACCAAUUAUGCUGGUCCUGGACUAUACACUCUUGCUCCUGGAAGUAUUAUCUCAAUUGGUUCCAAUGGUGCUAUUUCAACUAUUCCUGCAUCUACCAUGUCUUUGCCUAAGUUGUCUUUAUUGCCCAACGUCAAUCUCGGCAGUGGAAUUACUCUUAGUAGCUACAGAGGUCCUGGUACAUACACUUUGAGUCCUGGUAAUGUCUUGUCUGUUGGUCCUUCUGGUCAAUACUCCUUCAUUUCAGGUAGUGGUGCUAACGGUGAAAAGGGUGGUAAUGUCAAUCUUCCUUCUCUUUCAUUAGCUACUGCAACUCUUCCCAACGGUGCUGUUCUUACCAACUAUGCUGGACCUGGUCAAUACACACUUUCUCCUGGAAACGUGAUUUCAAUUGAUGCUAACGGUGUUGUUUCAAGCAUUAACUUGUCUAGCAUUUCCUUGCCCAAGUUCUCUCCAUUGCCUAGCCUUAACCUCGCUAACGGUGUUACACUCACUAGUUACAAAGGUCCUGGUACUUAUACUUUGAGUCCUGGUAACGUUGUGUCUGUCAAUCCUUUCGGUCAAUUCUCCUUCAUCUCCGGUAAUGCCAACGGUGUUACAAACGGAAACGUAAAUCUUCCUGCUGUUACAUUAGGUACUGCCACUCUCCCUGAAGGUGAUGUUCUUACCAACUAUGCUGGUCCUGGUCGUUAUACUCUUGGUCCUGGUAAGGUUAUCUCCAUUGACUCUAAUGGUGGUAUCUCUACUAUCAACCUUUCAAGCAUUUCUUUGCCCACAUUCUCUCCAUUGCCUAGCCUUAACCUCGCUAACGGUGUUACACUCACUAGUUACAAAGGUCCUGGUACUUAUACUUUGAGUCCUGGUAAUGUUGUGUCUGUCAAUCCUUUCGGUCAAUUCUCCUUCAUCUCUGGUAAUGCCAACGGUGUUACAAACGGAAACGUAAAUCUUCCUGCUGUUACAUUAGGUACUGCCACUCUCCCUGAAGGUGAUGUUCUUACCAACUAUGCUGGUCCUGGUCGUUAUACUCUUGGUCCUGGUAAGGUUAUCUCCAUUGACUCUAAUGGUGCUAUUUCAUCUGUCCAAGGUAUCUCUAGUAAUAUUUUCCCUGGUGGAUCUUCAUUCACUUUUGGUAACGGUGGUUCUUCCUUCCCCAGCAAUGGUGGAUCCUUCACUUUUGGUAACGGUGGAUCAUCUUUCCCCAGCAAUGGUGGAUCUUCAUUCACUUUCCCCAGCAAUGGUGGAUCUUCAUUUACUUUUGGUAACGGUGGAUCAUCCAUCAGCUUCCCUAGCAUCUCAUUACCCCGUGUCGAUCUUCCUACUUUAGAUUUGGGUGAUGGUGUAAGUAUUGGUAGUUACAAAGGACCUGGUGUUUACACUUUAAGUCCUGGUAAUGUUGUUUCUGUCGGUGCAGGUGGAUUAUUCUCCUUCUUAUCUGGAUCUGGUUCCAACGGUGUAGUCGGUGGUCAUCUCACUCUCCCCACUUUAUCUUUACCUACUGUCAGUCUUGAUGGUGGUGUUUCUCUUGAAGCUUUCACUGGUCCUGGUGUUUACACUUACAGUCCUGGUAACACCGUCUCUAUUGAUAGCAAUGGUGGUGUCAACUGGUUACAAGGUGGUCCUUCCAAGCUUCCCAGCGGUGGAUUUACUUUCCCUAGUUUGAAUUUACCCAGUGUUACUUUACCUUCUUUGAAUUUACCUACUCUCAAUCUCGGUUCUGGUAUUAGUGUUCCCAACUUCAGUGGACCUGGUAUUUAUACUGUCAGUCCUGGUAAUGUUCUCUCUAUCGGUCCUGAUGGUGAUUAUUCUUAUGUCUUGGGUAGCGGUUCUCUUGGUUCCAAGACAGGUCAUAUCAGUCUUCCUAGUAUCAACUUACCUUCCCUCUCAUUAUCUGGUGGUAUUACUCUCCCCAGUUUCAGUGGAGCCGGUGUUUAUACUUUGAAUGGUAAUGUUCUCUCGAUUAAUUCUAAAGGUGGUUUCAGUUGGGUCCAUGGUGGUCCCUCUACCCUUCCCGGUGGUGGCAUCUCCCUUCCUUCUAUCAACCUUUCUGGUGCUUUACCCACUCCCUCUGGAACUGUCAUCAACGGUGUGAACUUUAAAUUCCCCUUCGAUGUUCCUGGUUUCACCGGUCCUGGUUUCUAUAGUCUCAGCCCUGGUAACGUUGUCCAAGUCCGUCCUGACGGUACCUACAGCUUCGUUUCCGGUGGUCCCCCAAGUGGAACUUCUGGAGGAUUCACAUUCCCUAGUAUCUCUUUACCCAGUGUCUCUUUACCUUCUUUGAGCUUGGGUGGUGGUCUGAACAUCGGUACCUAUAAGGGUCCUGGAGUUUAUACUUUAAGUCCCGGUAACGUUGUCUCUGUUGAUGCUGGUGGAUCUUUCUCAUUCUUGACAGGUAGUGGUCCUAAUGGUUCUGCUAGUGGAUCUCUUACACUCCCUACUUUAUCAUUACCUUCUCUCAGUCUUGAUGGUGGUAUUUCUCUUGGUGGAUUCAGCGGUCCUGGUGUCUAUACUCAUAGCCCUGGUAACGUUGUCUCUAUUGAUGCCAAUGGUGGUGUUAACUGGUUACAAGGUGGCCCCAAGAAGCUUGCUGGUGGUGGAUUUACAUUCCCUGCUUUCACUUUACCCAGUAUCACUUUACCUUCCUUGAACUUACCUACACUUAACCUCGGUGUUGGUAUCAACCUCUCUGGUUUCAGUGGACCUGGUAUUUAUACUCUCAGUCCCGGUAAUGUAAUUUCUCUUGGUGCCAAUGGUGAUUACUCUUAUGUCUUGGGUAGUGGAUUAUUCGGUGCAAAGAACGGUCAUAUCAACCUUCCUACCAUUAGUUUGCCUUCCUUCACUUUAGCCGGUGGCAUCACUGUCCCUAGCUAUAGCGGAGCCGGUGUUUACACUGUCAAUGGCAAUGUUCUUUCAAUCAACCCCAAGGGUGGUUUCAGCUGGAUUAACGGUGGUCCUUCUACCCUUCCCGGUGGAGGAAUUACUUUACCUUCCAUUAACCUCUCUGGUGGUGCAACCCCUACAGGUACUCUUAUCAAUGGUGUUAACUUCAAGUUCCCCUUCAACAUUCCCAACUUCAACGGUCCCGGUUUCUACGUAACCAGUCCUGGUAAUGUUGUCCAAGUUCGCCCUGAUGGUUCUUAUAACUUUGUCUUUGGUGGUCCCGCUGGAAGUUCAUCUGCUAAUCUCUCUGCUGGUUUCUCGUUCCCUAGUAUCACUUUACCCCAAAUCAGUUUCCCUACUUUGAAUUUAGGUGGUGGAAUCAGUAUUGGUAACUAUAAAGGUCCUGGUGUUUACACUUUAGGUCCUGGUAGAGUUGUAUCCAUUGCUGCUGGUGGUGGAUUCUCUUUCCUCUCUGGUUUUGGCGCUAAUGGUGCAAUUGCUGGUGCUCUUACAUUACCCACUUUGUCUUUACCUACCAUCAGUCUUGAUGGUGGUAUUCAUCUUGAUGGUUUCACUGGUGCUGGUGUUUACACUUACAGUCCUGGAAAUACCGUCUCGAUUGAUGGUAGUGGAGGUGUUAAUUGGUUAAAGGGUGGUCCCAUUCGUCUUCCUAGCGGUGGAUUCACUUUCCCUGGUUUCAAUUUACCCAGUAUCACUUUACCUAGUUUGAACUUACCUUCUGUUAACCUUGGUAUUGGUAUUAAUAUUCCUACUUUCACUGGUGCUGGUAUCUAUACUGUCAGUCCCGGUAAUGUUCUCUCCAUGGCUGCCAACGGUGCAUACACUUACCUCGCAGGUGGUGGUUUCCUCGGUGCACAAACUGGUAAGGUCACUCUUCCUUCUCUCAACUUGCCUUCCAUCACAUUAUCUGGUGGUAUCCAAGUUCCCAACUUUAGCGGUGCUGGUAUUUAUACUGUCAACGGUAAUGUUCUCUCGAUCAAUGCUGGUGGUGGAUUCAGCUGGAUUCGUGGUGGUCCCUCUUCCCUUUCUGGUGGUGGAUUCACUCUUCCCUCUAUCAACCUCUCUGGUUCUUUACCUACCGGUACUGUCAUGAACGGUGUUGAGUUCAAGUUCCCCUUCGACAUUCCCAAGUUCAAUGGACCUGGCUACUAUAGUCUUAGUCCUGGUAAUGUAGUUCGUGUUCGUGCUGAUGGUACCUAUAACUUUGUAUCCGGUGGUCCUCCUAGCGGAUCUGGUAGUGGAUUAAGCUUCAACUUCCCUAGUAUUCGUUUGCCCAGCAUCAACUUGCCUUCCUUGUCUCUUGGUGGUGGUAUCAACAUUCCCGGUUAUAAGGGUCCUGGUGUCUAUACUUUAGACGCUAACAAUGUCGUGUCUAUUCGUGGUGAUGGUUCUUUCUCAUUCUUGAUCGGUGGUAGUGCUAACGGUGGUGUCAGUGGACAUGUCUCUCUUCCUUAUGUUUCUUUACCCAGUCUCAGUCUUGCUGGUGGUAUUUCGCUUGCUAACUUCGGUGGUCCCGGUACAUACACUUACAGUCCUGGUAAUGUUGUGUCCGUUGACAGCAAUGGUGGUAUCAAUUGGUUACAAGGUGGUCCUCAAUUGGUUUCUGGUGGUGGUUUCGAAUUCCCCAACCUCAAUCUGCCCACGAUCUCUUUACCCAGAGUUCAAUUACCUCAGAUCAGUGUUGGUAACGGAUUGGGUUUCACUGGAUAUACUGGUAGUGGUAUCUAUACUUUGAAUAAUGGUAACAUUAUCUCUCUUGGUGGUAACGGUGAAUACUCCUACAUUUCCGGUAGCGGUUCAUUUGGUGCCUUGACCGGUAGUCUUAACCUCCCUCAACUUAACCUCCCUACCCUCAGUUUAUCCGGCGGUAUCUCUGUACCUAAAUUCAGCGGUCCUGGUCUUUACACUGUCAGUCCUGGUAAUAUUCUUUCCAUUGGUUCUAGUGGUCAAUACGACUGGCUUCAAGGUGGUCCUCAAACCCAAGCUGAUGGUCGUAUCUCUCUUCCCUCCGGUGGUUUCUCUAACCCUACUAAGUCCAUUAUCAAUGGUGUCAAGUUUGAUUUCCCCUUCAAUGUUCCUAACUUUAGUGGACCUGGAUUCUAUCUCCUCAGUCCCGGUAAUAUCCUUCAAGUUCGUGCUGAUGGUUCCUUCAACUUUGUAGCUGGUGGUCCCCCUCAUAUGGCCUCUGGUUAUGGUAUCUCUUUCCCUACCAUCAGUUUGCCUCGUGUUAACUUGCCCAACUUGAACGUCGCUGGUGUCAGCCUUAGCAGUUAUAAGGGUCCUGGUAUUUAUACCUUAGGCUCUGGUAUUGUUUCGAUUCGUGGUGAUGGUGGUUUCUCUUUCUUGGCUGGUGGUGGAGCCAACGGUGCUGUCAGUGGUAGUCUCAGUCUUCCCACUCUUUCUUUGUCUACUCUUAACCUCUAUGGUGGUAUUACUCUUAAUAACUUUGGUGGUCCCGGUGUUUACACUUACAAGCCUGGUAAUGUUGUUUCUAUUGAUUCCAGAGGUUAUAUCGACUGGUUGGAAGGUGGUCCAGUCGAAGUCCCCGGUGGUGGAUAUAGUUUCACUGGUACUGGUUUGCCCAGUAUUUCUUUACCUCGUGUUUCUUUACCCUCCAUUAACCUUGGUCUUGGUAUUGAUCUCACAAGCUACAGUGGUCCCGGUAUCUAUACUCUCGGAUCUGGUAACGUCAUCUCCCUCAACAGCGAUGGUUCCUACAAGUAUCUUCAAGGUAGCGGUUUCUUAGGUGCCUCCAGUGGUAACAUCAACCUUCCUCGUCUUAACUUACCUACAAUCACUUUAUCCGGUGGUGUGUCUGUCCCUAGUUACAGUGGACCUGGUAUUUACACUGUCAGUCCUGGUAAUGUUCUUUCCAUUGGCGUCACUGGUGGUUACAGUUGGAUUCAAGGUGGUCCUCAAACCUUGGAGAACGGUGCUGUCACUCUUCCUACUGGUAAUCUCGAAGCUACUUUCAGAUACAUUAACGGUGUUCGAUUCGAAUUCCCCUUCAAUGUACCUAACUUUGAUGGUCCUGGUUACUACAGUCUCAGCCCCGGUAAUGUCAUUCGUGUCAAUGCUGAUGGUUCUUGGAGAUUCGUCUUGGGUGGACCCAACAGUCUUCCUUCUCUUGGCGGUGGAUUCAGACUUCCUACCUUCAGUAUUAACUUGCCUACGCUUUCUUUCGCUAGCUUGUACUUACCUGGUAAUGUCCCCAUCGAUCCUUACACUGGUCCCGGUCUUUACUCUGUUGGUUUCAACUCGCUUGUCUCGAUUAGCGCUGAUGGUCAAUACAGCUACUUGCAAGGAAAUGGUAUGUUCGGUAUCAUUGCCGGUUCUGUCAGCUUGCCUACUUUAACUGGUCGUCUUCUUUCACUCCCUGGUGGCUUCAAUAUCCCCAACUACACUGGUCCUGGCAUCUAUACUCCUAGUGCUGGUAACAUUGUUUCCAUUGGUGUCAACGGAGCUGUUUCUUGGUUACAAGGUGGUGCCGGUGCUUCUAUCGGUGGAUCUGGUAGUGGCUCCAUUGGUGGAGCACUUACCUUCCCCAACAUUCAAUUACCUACGAUCUCUUUAGGUAAUGCCAAUGUUCCCUCCGGUGGUACUAUUACAUCUUACAGUGGAGCUGGUAUCUAUACCUUGAACGCCAACACAAUUAUUGAAGUUGGUUCUGGUGGAUCCUACUCUUACAUCAAGGGUAGUGGUUUAUUCGGUGUUCAACAUGGUGUCUUGGUAUUCCCACCUGCUGUGAACUUCCCUACCGUGUCUCUUCAGGGUGGUUUCAAGAUCAUGACUUAUAAGGGUCCUGGUGUUUACACAGUUGGUACUGGUAAUGUUGUAUCGAUUAGUCCCAGCGGUGGUGUGAGUUGGUUACAAGGAGGUCCUCGUUUGAAGGCCGCUAAUGUGAUUGAUUCUGAUCCUGCUCAAUUCUCCAAGGAAAGUACACCUAGUUCUCAAGGAUUCGUCUUGCCCUCUUUCUCUUUACCUUCUUUCUCCAAGCUCGCUGAGGCCUCUGUCAGUGUUACUAAGGAACAUGUAAAGCGUGAUAAUCAAAACAACUUCUUUAAGAAUGUUCUUUCCCUCUUCUAAAAAAAAAAAAAUUUCUUUAAUUUUCCCCCUCCCCCCCCCAAAAAAUUUCUUGUUUAAAAAAAAAAAAUUUCUUCCCCUCUCCCCAAAAUCAUCAAGAUUUUCAUAAUAAUAAUUUAAUAAAAAGAUAAAGCUCUUUUGUAUAUUAA